AUGCUAGCCAAGAAGCGAGACCUCAAAAACUGGGUACAGCGUGCUUCCACAGAGCCGCAGCAAGAACCUUACGACUCGGACGACGACCUCGCUCCUGCAAAGAUGAGCGUCUCAGGCGACGGCAUUGGCGCCAUCGACCCGACCGUAGACUGGUCCGCCUUUGUCCACGACGCCCAGCUUCGGCUCUUCUCCACCAGCACACGUCAGCGUAUCCACUUUCUUCAAAGAGACGCUGCCAGAGCUGCUCAGCUUUCUGAGCUGCAAUCAGUGCAAAGAGCAGAGCUUCUCACCUUGCUGCUCCGUACCUAUUCAAGAUACGUUGAUCGUGACUCUCGCCUCGCUUCUCUCAACGUUUAUUCCAAGCUUAUCUCUGUAGACCAAGCAGCCGCUUCACAAGCCUCGACCGGCCCAGUUGCCAAGCAUGCGCUUGCUUGGCUCAAGAGAGAGGCCGAACGUAUCUGCAUAUCCUCUCUCACCGCUAACACCCACACUUAUCUCCCCAACCUCGCUGCUCUGCAUGCCUACGUGUGCGCUCUAUACUCGACACUCUGCGCACCUACCACAGAGGCACCGAAACUGCAACAAUCCUCGACAUGGGAGCCGCUCGUCCAGCUCCUUGCGACCACGUACGAUGCCGUUCUUGCCGAUGCUACUGGCCGUCAUAGCGUAAAGAGCAAUGCAAUCACGCUCACCCGUCGCACCUUGCGCAACGCACACGCUUUCCUUCCUCAACUCAUAGCCACUCUCUGUCUCACUUCAACGGCAGCUGCAGCCCUUCGUUCCUCAGCGCUCCUCGGUGAGGCUGUUGGCGUCUGCGUCCGUCUCCGUGCAGGCUCCGAACAGGUCAAAGGUGCCCCCGACGGUGUUGGCCGCACAUACCUCAACUCGGCCAAGCACCAAAUUCUCGCUUUUUACAGCACCCAGCUCGUCGCUUCCAAGACUGUCGUACCUCAACACUCUUUGCAGGCUUUCGAAGAUUUCAUUGCCGAGCAAGUCACAGAGCAAGACCUCGCCUCCACUCUUCGACCACAGCUCGAAAAGAUGCUUCUUCGCUCCCCCGAAGUAGCCCUACCAAUCGCCACAAGCAUCUUUGCAGCCGUCAAGGUCGACGUUGGCCCACAUGCAAAGCCAUUGCUCAACCCAGUCAUCUCUGCCUCGAGAUCUUCCAAUGCCGAUACCAGGGCAAAGGCGUCAAGCUUCUUCACUGUUCUUGCUGCACGCAUCCGUGACGACGAUGCUGCCAAGUCCGCCAUCGUAGACGAGCUCCUCACCAUCCUCAAAGGCGCUAAGGCAGCUACACCCGAGGCGAGAACUUCCAUUUAUCUCAUGCUCAGCUCCGUUGCCCCUGGUCAAGCCUCGAGGAGCUCGGCGGUGGUGGAAAUCAUCGCCUCGCUCCUCGCCAAAGAAGCCCAAGAGGCUUCCAUGCAUGCUGCCGUUCGUUGCAUCGCAGUUCACCUUGAGUGGCUCCUCAUUCAGGCCGACUCAGUCCCAGCUGCGACUGUUUCCGCGGCUUUGGUCAAGGAAAUGCAGAAUUCCAAGGUACCCAUCAGGAAAGCCGUCUGUUUGGCAAUUGGAGAGCUCUUCUGGCAUAUGACAGACCUGCAGAAUGCCACACCUGCUACCCGCACCUUUGCAGAGUCACUUUUGCCAGGCUUCGAGACCAGCCUCAAGAAUGCUUCUACCAACCCCCUCACCGCUCCAGGUGGUCCUUUGGAAGGGUACGUAGCUGCUGCGGUCCUCGAAGGCCGCCUCGCCGCCCUCGGCUCCGAAAAGAUUGACAGCCUCGUUCGCAACAACGCCGCUCUGGAGGGCAUCUUGGUGGUCGGCCCCAAGCCAUCCUUCCUGCUCGCCGACAAGGUCUUCCGCAAGAUUGCCACGCCUGACGAAGAGAUUUGGCUUUCGCGUGCCUUGCAAGCCGUCAUUAUUCGUCGAGCCAAGACCUUGGCCGCUGACAAGCCCGUACACGUCCAGAUCGCCUUCGCGCUUAUCCAUCUUCUCUUCCACGCUACUGGGCCCGAUUCAAAGCAAUCGAUCCUGGCCUUGGUGCAAAAGCUUGCGCAGACCGAACCUAUCCUCACCCAUCAAAUCACCACCUCUGGCAUUUCGGCUUUCCUCGAACAGGCGACGCAGGCGAGCACAACUGCUUCCGCUUCAUCGUCUGCCAAGUCCAACAGCACAGCUUCAUCAACAUCGGCUUCUGGCGCGGCUGCAAUGGCCACUUCUGCUGAUGCUGAGGAUGCAAAGCCAUCGGCAGAGACUCGUGCGCGCGACUUGCGUCGUCUGUUGUCUGCUGCUUCCACUUUCUCCGAGCAGCUCGAUUCGGAGGCCAGAAAGAACGCGCUUGUAGACACGCUCGUACUAUCUCAUCACGCCGACUUGCUCGACCGUGGUACGUCGUGCUUCAUGGACCUCACUUUUAAGGCCAAGAUUCUUCCCAUCGAUCUCAUCACUUCCAAGCAGCAGGACCUCAUCUCGGUCGUACGUGCCGCCAUCCAUGAACCGAGCAUGCGCGAGGCUGGCUUUGCCGCCCUCACUACCCUCGUGCGCUUGGAACCUGGCUCUGUCAUGGCCGAGCUCGUCUCACAAAUUGAGGCAGACACCCCCUUUGACGAUCUCCGUGCCCUCUCAUCCGACGAGCUGGGUAUGUGGAGGACCGAGCCAGGUACCUUGUAUAUCGACGUUCUCUCCACCACCAAGGAAGACGCUAUCGAAAAGAACAACAAGAAUGCAAAGAUGGAGCAAUGGGAAGCUGAGCUCCGUGCCGAUAUUGCCAAGAAGAAGGCAGCGCAGAACAAGGCGCUCACAAAGGACCAGAAGGCUGCUGUCGACGCCCAGGCCAAGAUCGAGGCGCAGGCUCGUGCCAAGGUCGAAGAGAUCCGAGCUCGCUACGCGCGUUCGCUUCGCACUGUUUCUGCUAUCGUUGGCGCUCGUACCGAGGAGAUCAAAGGCUACAUGCAGACGCUCGUCAGUUUCGUUCUCGAGACUCUCAAAGUCUCGCAGGCCCGAAUCUUGUUCGAAGAGGAAGCAAAGGACGCUUUUUGGGCCCUUUCAAGCUGCUGCUCUCUCCGCUUGGAAGCUUACGCCAUGUUUAUCGGUGUUGCGCUGCUGCGUUCCAUCGACCAGGAGCUUGUCCAGGAAGAUUUCCGCACCGAGCCCAUCAACGAGCUCGUUCUUCGAAUUCUGUAUCGAUUACGCUCCUUGUCCGAGCAGUCGCCGUUGGACGCCGCUUCAGUCACCUUUAUCGAUCCCCUCAUCGUACGCAUCGUGCGAGCUGGUGGCAUUGGCGUGGAUCCCGAAGAUACCGACUCGGUUUUGGAGCAGAUUCAAUUGUCGCUCGACUUUAUCGACUUUCACGGCUCCGCCUGCGAGGACACGCGCUACCCACGUUCCUCCUUCAUUGAUAGCCUCGUCACCGUCGUCGCCAAGCACACUCAGAUCUCCAAGGAUGCUGUUUCGGCACUGCGUGAUCUUGGCGAGGCUCUCAGGACAACGGCACUGCCUACCGAAAUCCAGAAGCUUCUCUCCAACACCAUGGUCGACGAAGUGUAUGUUCGCAAUGGAUGCCUCCAAGCCAUUCAGCCGCUUGACCUCACCGACUUGGACUUUCCCGUGGAGCUCUGGCUGGCGUGCCACGACGUUGACGAAGAGAAUGCUCGACUCGCCGAAAAGGCAUGGGAGGAGAAUGGUCUUGAUGUGCCAGAGUCGUUUGCCGAUCCACUGAUCGCUCUGCUCGAACACAAGAUCACCUACGUCCGCGAAAGCUGUGCUCGCGCUCUGGCUGCUGCCACUGAACAGCACCCGGAGCAGGUGUCAAGCGUCGUGACCAAGCUUUGCCAGCUGUACAAGCAAAGAAACAAGGUGCUGGUGCCGGAGUACGACCGCUUCGGCAUGGUCAUCGAGUCAACAAAGAACCGACAGGAUCCUUGGCAAACGCGAGCUGCCGUCGCUGUGGCUCUCCGUCAUCAAGCGCCUCACCUCCAAGGCUCGGAUGUGCCGCUCUUCUUUGAAUUUGCAAUCGAUGGCCAAGCGCUCGGUGAUCGCAGCGAGGAGGUGCGUCCCAAGAUGCUCGAGGCUGCCAAUGCCAUUAUCGACCUUCACGGCAAACAGCAUCUGUCCAAGCUGAUCGCUAUGUUUGAAGCCUUUUUCAGCAACUCGGCAGGAUCGACAGCAGACGAUGGCAUUACUGAGGCUGUCGUCAUUCUGCUGGGCCGCGAAGCUCGCCAUCUCGACCCUAAGGACCCUCGCGUUAGCAAGGUGGUUGACCGCCUCAUCGACGCUCUCAAGACCCCUUCCGAGCUUGUGCAGUCUGCGGUAGCCGACUGUCUGCCACCGCUCGUACGAGCUAUCAGCAAAGACGUGCCGCGCCUCUUCGAUUCGCUCUUCCGCGAGCUGUUCAACGGUGCCAAAUAUGCAAGCCGGCGUGGUGCUGCAUAUGGACUUGCCGGUCUUGUUAUGGGCCGAGGUAUUGGCAGCAUCAAGGAAUUCGACGUUAUCAAUAAGCUUGCUGAUGCCUUUGAAGAUGCCAAGAACCCAACGCGCCGACAAGGUGUCAUGUUCGCCUACGAGACUUUGACGCUGACGCUCAAGAGGCUAUUUGAGCCCUACAUCAUCGGUAUUCUACCACAGUUGCUUGCUGGAUUUGGUGACGUCUCGAGCGACGUGCGCGAGGCGACACAGGAUGCAGCAAAGGCGAUCAUGCAGAACGUCUCAGGUCAUUGUGUCAAGAUCAUCCUCCCGACCCUGCUGUCCGGUCUUGAUGAGAAGCAGUGGAGAACCAAGAAGGGUGCUAUCGAGCUGCUCGGUGCCAUGGCGUACUGUGCACCCAAACAGCUCUCGCUUUCGCUUCCGACCGUCAUUCCGCGCCUCAGCGAGGUAUUGACUGACUCGCACACUCAGGUUCGCACAGCAGCAAACAAGAGUCUGAAGCAGUUCGGCGAAGUCAUCAACAACCCCGAGAUCAAACAGCUGGUUCCCGUGCUACUCAAGGCGCUCAUCGAUCCCAACACUAAGACGGGGGCGGCACUCAAAGGUGUGCUGGAAACGAGCUUCGUCCACUACAUCGACUCGCCCUCUCUUGCGCUUGUCAUCCCUAUCAUCGACCGUGGUCUCAAGGAGCGCAGCGCUACCAUUCAGAAGGAUGCUGCUCGUAUUGUCGGCAAUCUUGCUGGGCUUACAGACUCGAAGGACUUUGUACCGUACCUUGGCAAGCUUAUCCCGAUGGUUCGCAUGGUGCUUAUCUCGCCUGUUCCCGAAGCGCGUGCAGUCGCUGCCAAGGCGCUCGGAACGCUCGUGGAGCGUAUGGGUGAAGUACAUUUUGUCGACCUGGUGCCCUCCCUGUUGGGCGUAUUGCGGUCCGACGCUACCGGAGUCGACCGACAGGGUGCCGCGCAGGGUCUCGCCGAAGUGCUCGCAGGUCUCGGCAUGGAGCGUAUGGAAAACCUUCUUCCCGAGAUCAUCAACAGCGCCUCGGACCCCAAGCCAUACGUUCGAGAAGGCCACAUUUCCUUGCUCAUCUACUUGCCGGCCACGUUUGGCCACCGAUUCGCACCUCAUCUUGGUCGCAUCAUUCCUCCGAUCCUCAGUGGUAUCGCCGACGAGGCCGAGACGGUUCGCGAGGCGUCGAUGCGCGCUGGUCGCAUGAUUAUCGCCAACUAUUCGUCCAAAGCUGUGGAUCUGUUGUUGCCACACCUCGAAACUGGUCUGUUUGAUGAAGCAUGGCGAAUCCGCAUGUCUUCAUUGCAGCUCACUGCUGAUCUACUGUUCCGACUCUCGGGUAUCUCAGGAAAGAACGAGGUGGAGGACGAAGGUGUCGACGAGGACAUGGAGCAAUCCGCGACCAACAAUUCGGUGCAGCGUGCGCUUGUCGAGGCGCUUGGUCAGGAGAGGCGCGACCGCAUCCUGGCAUCGAUCUAUAUUGUGCGACAGGACCCCAACAUCCCCGUGCGACAAGCUGCCAUCCACACGUGGAAGGCGUUGGUGCACAACACGCCACGCACCGCUCGAGAGGUGCUUCCCACUAUGCUCGACAUCCUGAUCAAGUCGCUCGCCUCCAACGGCGACGAGAACCGCGAGAUGGCUGCCAGGACGCUCGGCGAGCUGGUCAAGAAGCUUGGCGAAAAGAUUUUGCGCGAGACCAUCCCGAUCCUGCGCAUGCGUGGUGCCACGUCCGAAGAUCCCAAGACACGAUCUGGGGUUUGCUAUGCUGUUACUGAAGUUCUUGCCAAUGCGACAAAAGGGCAGCUCGAGGACCACGAGGACGCCAUCAUCGCCGUGGUGCGACAGGCGCUUGUGGACGAAUCGCAAUUGGUGCGACAUGCGGCUGCUCAGGCAUUCGAUGCUACGCAGACCUACAUCGGCCCACGUGCCAUCGACGAGACCAUCCCGACGUUGCUCGAGGCGCUAUCGGACACGAGUGCGGGAACGUCCGAGACGGCGUUGGCGGCUUUGCGCGAGGUCAUGCGUGCUCGCUCGGACGUGGUAUUCCCCGUUCUGGUGCCAACGCUCAUUGCACAGCCCAUCACUUCGUUCAACGCACGUGCCCUCGCUGUGUUGGUGCGUGUGGCCGGGUCUGCUCUGAACCGUCGUCUGUCGAGCAUUCUCACGGCACUUUCCAAGGCGCUCGAUACGGAGAAGGACGACAAGAUCCUCGCCGACCUGCGCACUGCGGUCGAGGCUCUGCUUGGCUCGGUCUCGGACGUCGACGGUCUGCAUCAGACUAUGCUGCUGCUGCUUGGAUGGGCUGGAUCCAACACAUCGCCGCCUCAACGUGUCGCUGGCUGCAACUUCUUCAAGGCGUUCUGCCAGGUCAAGAAGUCGUCGGUGGACAUGUCUGACUACCUGGUCGACUGGCUUCGCAAGCUUGUUUCACUGUUCGACGACCCGGUUGCCGCUGUGUUCGAUGCAGCGUGGGAAGCUCUUGAAGCCAGUCUGAAGACGGUGAGUAAGGACGAGCUGGAGGGAUUGGUGGUGCCACUCCGUCGCAGUCUCGAGAACACGGGUGUACCUGGUCGGGAGCUGGCAGGUCUGUGCCGACCCAAGGGCGCUUCGCCGCUUGUACCCGUUUUCCUUGCCGGUCUCAUGAACGGUACACCGGACCAGAGGCAGAACGGUGCCUUGGGUCUUUCGGACAUUGUUGAGCGCACGUCAGCGGAAACGAUCAAGCCGUUUGUCACGUCGAUGAUCGGGCCUCUGAUUCGAUUGUGCGGCGACCGUCAUCCUCCACCGGUCAAGGCGGCGAUUAUCACAAGUUUGGACACGAUGGUGCGUCGUAUUCCGGCGUUGGUUCGACCGUUCUAUCCGCAGCUGCAGCGCUCGUACCAGAAGGCGGUGUCGGAUGCUUCGAGCGCAACGGUGAGAACCAAGGCGGGUGUUGCACUCGGCAACCUGAUGGCGUUGCAGACGCGCGUCGAUCCUGUCAUUGCCGAGCUGGUGCAGGGUGCACGCGCCGGUUUGGGAGAGGGUUCUGGUGGCAAUGCGGCAGCCUCUUCUGGUUUAGCAGGAGCAGCAUCUGGCGGAGCAAGCGAGCCAGCCGACUUGGCCGACUCGUUCGCCCUGGCCUUGGCACACGUGCUCUCUAACGCGGCUGCUAAGAACGUCGGCCAGCCGAGUCGAGAAGCGGUGCUGUUGCUGAUCGAAGCCGCAUUUUCUGCUCCUCCCGGAACGCGUGAUGCAUUCCGGAACGGUAUGGCAGAGGUCAUCGGCUCACUUGUCAAGCUUGACACUGCUUUGGCAGGUCUUGUGCUGGAAAAGCAUGUCGUGAGCGGAUCAGGAGACACUGCUCUGCAAUCUCAAAGUGUCCGCGCGUGUCUGGAAAAGGACCCAGUGGCAUUGCACGAGCUUGGAUUUGCAGAUGAGCUGGUCAAACUCGUCAUGUCGUGGAUCAGUCAAGGAUCGGCCAUCUCUCGCCCCGCAAAGGAGUCGAGAGAGAUGAUCCGCGACUCGGACGUUUGGAAGCCUCAGGCCAAAGCUGCGGAUUGGAUCUGA